AUGCCGUUCAAAAACACCUUUUCACAACUGAAAUCCCAAUUCAAGGAUCUCCAACAAGAAGGCCAGAAAUACCUCAAUGAAUACCAAUCUAAUCGCCAGACUAAUCAACAACAACAAGGUCAAUCUCAACAAGAUUACCCAGGAGCUCACCAGCAAUAUCAAGGAGGACCUCCUCCUGUUCCGCACCGCACACACCCUGGGUCCAAUCAACCUUCAACUACCUACUGGCAACCACUGUUCGACCCGUCCAACCCAGUGAGCACCGACUGGGAGCACAAAGAAGGCAACAACAACGGCUGGGGCAACAACGAGAUCGAAAACUACACCUCCUCACCCACCAACUCUUUCCACGCCUCAAACAAGCUCAUCCUCCGCGCCAUAUCACUGCCCAACCACCCAGACCCAUCCCAAAAAUACACUUCCGCCCGACUAGUCUCGAGACAGCGCCUCUCCCGCUCCCGAGGAAGUCUCGUCGCCAGCCUGACUCUGCCCUGCGCCGCCGGUAUCUGGCCGGCGUUCUGGCUUUUACCGUUUGAGCCCUUCUCAUGGCCGACAGACGGCGAAGUUGACAUCGCCGAGACGUGGAACGGCGACGGUAUCAACCACAGUUGUCUGCACUGGGGUUUCUACACUCCCCAAGACACGGACAAGCACCGUGUCGUCGGCACGAAUGUGACCGGCAUGCAGAGCGGACGGCCUGUGAUGUUUGAAUUUGCGUGGUGGCAGGACGACAACUCGAAUCAGGGACGGUUAGUAUGGUGGAUUGACGGAAAGGCUGUGAUGAAGGCGCCGAUGCCGGCUGAGACGAGGCGCAUGGCUGAUUUUGUGGUGCUGCUUAAUAUUGCGAUGGGCGGAAAUGUGUGUCAGGGACAGAUGCCGAGGGAGGGAGCCUACGAUUUUGUUGUGCACGAGAUGAAGAUGUUGGAGGAGCCUGAGAAUGGUGGGUGGCCGAAGUUUGAGAAGGACUGGCGGAAGGUAAGGGAAGGUGAUAGGAUUUGA